AUGGGAAAUAAAUCAGCAAAAGUUGAAAGAUAAGAUUCUUCGGAAUUACUCUUAAGUAUAUUUUCUAAUCAAAUCAGGCCAACAUACGAAUACUAUUGACUCAUCAUAGGUUGAAAAUUCUAAAAUAUUUGUAUAAGAAAAUAAGUUAUCCUAUUGUUUUGCUUGUUGCAACUGCUUUGGUCUAAUUAAAACUUAAGUAGUAGAGAUUUAAUUAUCUUGGAUUGAUUAUACCUUAAGAAAAUUAAACAGAGGUUAAUAUAGACACUUUUAAUGGUCAGAUCUAAUGAAGUUAAGAUUGCAAAAUUUAGAUAUUAAGAAUUUCGAAGAAUUACAAGCAAUCUAUCUAAAUUAAAUAAGAAUGAUUAUAAGUAGUUACGAAACAAAUUCUUCAUUUUAUAAAAAUAAAAUUGCGGAACAAAACGAAUAAUCCAAAUAUAAUAUAUUUGAAUACUAUGAAGAAGAGGCCAAUACUAUCUUCGAAGAUAAGUAAGGGGAAUUAUUUACUAAUAAUUAAAAAUUGCCUAUCAUUCAUCUGGAUUAAUCUUUUAAAUACUUCAAAUUUAUAUUGUAAAUUAUAUUGGGCCUUAAAUUAGAAGAUUUUAAUUAACCUUAUCAAUUAAAAAAUAAAAGAAUUAAUGUAACUUGA